AUGAGUUACGUCGCCAAAGGAGAAAAGGAAUACGACGCUACCGGUGCUCCAGUGCCCGGAGCCAAGAUCCACAAAAUCCGUAUCACCCUCACCAGCAGCAACAUCAAGAACCUCGAGAAGUUCUCUGCUGACUUGAUCAACCGUGCUAAGGACAAGCAGCUCCGCGUCAAGGGUCCCGUCCGUCUCCCCACAAAGGUCCUUAGGAUCACCACCCGUAAGACUCCUUGCGGUGAGGGUUCCAAGACCUGGGAUCGCUACGAGCUCAAGGUGCACAAGCGCCUCAUCGACCUCCAUUCCUCCAGCGAGAUCGUCAAGCAGAUCACCUCCAUCAGCCUGGAGCCUGGUGUCGAGGUCGAAGUUACCAUCUCUGCCUAA